AGGCUUCAGUUACAUCAGCUUCUCCAUACCAGCUGUCAGCCUCUGACCCAAUACGUAUCACAAAUUCCUACAGUGGUUAAAAAUAGCAGAAGCAAUAAGGAUCACAGAAAUGGCUGCAGUGUCAGAUUCGUACAUACGCUUCCACAAUAUCCAUGGAACCAACGUGAGACUGAAUGCUUCUCAGACCGAAGCGACAAGAACAGACAGCUUUGGGAAUGGGGUUUGUUUCAGUAAAGAGCCUCUAGAUCCUGAUAAGAUUUUCCUUAUAGAAAUUGCAGAGAAAGAAUUAGGGUGGUGUGGGAAUGUAAGGAUUGGUUUGACAGCGCACAAUCCAAAAAACUUAGAAUCAGUUCCUGAAUAUUCUCUUCCUGAUUUAGUAAACUUGGGAAGCAGUUGGGUUUUUGCAAUAACCAGGAAUCACAAUAAGGUCUCCACUGAUGAUCAGGAAUCCAAUCCUGCUCCACAGCCACUCUGUUCUACAGAGGCCUAUCUGCAAAUUGGAAAAUGUAGGAUCCCCAAGGACAAGUUGGUCGGAAGAAGCAGGCCAGGAAGGUACAGUCACCUCUUGGAUGAAUUGUAUAAGACGAAUAUUCUUCCUGCAACUGCCAGAGGAAGCAGAGUUGGGGUCUUGUACACCACACAUGCUAAUAUGGGUGAAAUGCACAUUGUCAUCAAUGGGGAAGACAUGGGUCCCUGUGCCAGAGAAAUUCCCAUUAACCAGCCUCUCUACGCUGUUGUAGAUGUGUUUGCUUCCACUAAGACUGUGAGGAUUAUACAAGUGGACUAUGGUUUUCCAUCUCUACAGACACUGUGUCGUCAGCUUGUUCAGAAAUGUAUAAUGCAUAGACUGGCGAUCGACUGGCUAGAUCUACCUGACCCUUUAAAGAAUUACUGCAAAUAUGAAUGAUUGUUGUUGAUAAGUGUUGUUUGAAAAAAUUGUUUGAUCUUGACUCAUGAUGAAGAGAUUAAAUCCAUUUUAUAUUCGCAUCCAUGUUAGGAAAAUCUCUAAUUUUAUGAUUCAACGCAAAACUAAAGCUUUUAACUUUGGAUUAAAGGUUUUUGAGAAAAAUAAAAUAUUGCAAUUGGUUUGGGGAGAAUAGACUUUGGGGGAAUUACAAUUCCAAAGUGAAGUUCUGUUGUGUUGCUGGGGAUGGUGGUAAAAAUAUAUUUACACCUAUGAUUUUUAUGGCUACUUUGGUUUCUUGACUCUUGGAAAAUGUUUUGAAGUUGUAAUGUUAUCCAGUGGUGUAUUGUCAUGUAGAUGCUACAGUAGAUCACCCACAUAAAAGGAGCAGAAAGUAACUUGUAAACAUGGGUUUUCUUUCUGAAAUCAGUAAAUCCACUAUGAGCGGUAUUAUUUCUAUAAAGAUAAAUUAUUUAUUUGGGUAUCAUAAUCAGAAGGUUAUUUUAAAAAUAAAAAAUCAUGGGCUUUAAAUCUCCAUCUAGGAUAGUGGCCCAGCUGUGAUAUUGCCAUGGGGAUCAAUUUCAGCAAAGUACCCUUUCAGGUGGGUUUUAUCCAUGUUUUUCAUUUGAAAC